CUUUUUAUAAUAGAGAAUUACAACUAAUAUUCGCUUUAAACUUUAUGGUCGGCUAUUUAUUGCCUCUUCUGUUGCUAUUCUUAACAACAUCAAAAACUCUCUCUCUUUCAUCUUUUAAGCUGUCAUUAAGCAGGCUCAUAGUUUCUUCACCCAUUAAGCAAGAAUGGGGAUUAAGUCGUCUGAUAAACCAAAGUUAAAACACAAGAAGGGUUUAUGGUCACCGGAAGAAGAUCAAAGGCUUCGAAACUAUGUUCUCAAGCAUGGCCAUGCUUGCUGGAGCUCCGUUCCCGUUAAUGCCGGCUUGCAAAGGAAUGGUAAAAGCUGCAGAUUAAGAUGGAUUAAUUAUUUGAGACCAGGAUUAAAGAGAGGAAUGUUUACUGUACAAGAGGAAGAAACAAUCUUGACCCUCCAUCGCCUGAUAGGGAACAAGUGGUCACAAAUUGCACAACAUUUGCUUGGAAGAACUGACAAUGAGAUAAAGAACUACUGGCAUUCCCACCUGAAGAAAAAACUGGCCAAACUUGAAGAAAUGGAGGCUCACAACAAAACACAGUGCAUCACUGCCAGUUCAAGCUCCGAGAACAUGGAUUCUUCUGUACUCUCUCCUGCUAAUAAUAACCUCACAAGUCGAAAUCUAAGCUAUGAGUCGUUAAUGAAUCCCAUGGAGAAAUCAUCAAGGGAAAAUAAUGACUUGGCUAAAGAUGGUCACAAAAGCUCCUUGCCAAAGCUUUUAUUUGCCGAGUGGCUAUCGCUGGAGAAUGUUCAUGGCAGGAGUUCUGUGAAUUGUGGUCAUGAGCAAGUGAUUUCUGGGGAUGGCUUUAAUAAUCAUAACACAAACUUUGUCCAAGAUUCUUUCAGGCAUGGUUAUUCGUUGAAUGAGGGAGCAUUUUGUGGCGAUUUCCAUGCUGGGGUUUACAAUGAUUUGAUGGACGAAAUGUUGAACUCCGGGUUCAAGUUCGAAGAUCAGAUUUCCGGAACUGGGUUUGUGGAUGCUUCCCCUGGGGAUGGCAUAUACAACAAUGAUGUAUUAUACAUAUGAGAACAUGCAUACUGUCAAUAGGUUAACAACUAGGUGCAUGAAGAAAAACUGUUAAUUAUACGUCUAAUAUCUUGCACCAA